AUGGCCAGCCUCGAUACAGAGAGGCUGCGCCUCGUCUUCGAGGGUCGGCCUGACAUUCUGACGGGCAUCGAGAAAGCAGCAGACACACCCGAGAGGGUAUCCCUCUUCAACAAGAUUGCCUCGUUCGUUCAAGAGAGGCUCGCAGGCGACAGCUCACAGGACGGUCCCGCCGCCAAGCGCAGGCGCGUCGACGUAGGUAACGCGAACGGCCACGCAAAUGGCACCUCCUCGGGAGGCGCCUCGUCGUCGGGAGAGGCCGCAAGCACCGCCGCCGCGGCAGAGCCGGUCCUGCUCGAGGUCAAGGACAUCUCCGUCUCGAUCCCCCAGCGCAAGAAGUUCGACCUGUGCAUGACCAAGAACUACCUCUACGCCAGGGUGUCGGGCGCGUCCGCACCCGCACAGGGCAUUGUCUACGCCUGGAAGGAUAUCGAGUACGCUUUCUACGUCCCCGUCCCCGAAAAGACGCAACUGCAAUACAACUACAUUCUCUUCCCGCGCAACACGUCCCUCACCUCCCUCAAGGCUGGCGCGACGGCCGAUGUCGAACCCUUCGUCUUCACCGUGCCCAGCACGGGUCCCAAGCCCGGCACUGUCGGCGGCCCCGGUGCUAACACCGCCGCCAGCGUCUCCGACACCUACAGCUCGCUCUUCAACUGGGCCCUCACGAACCAGAUGCGUUCCGUCGGCAACCGGACCUCCAUCGUGGCGUCGGAUGCCAAGGUCUUUCAUAGCAUGAUGAGGCAGUCGCACCGCCCCAACGAGAAGGCCGUUCACGUCAAGGCCUUCCGCGGCAGCAAGGACGGCUACCUGUUCUUCCUGCCGGCCGGCAUCCUCUGGGGCUUCAAGAAGCCGCUGCUCUUCAUCCCGCUCGACCGGAUCGCGGCCGUCAGCUACACGAGCGUGCUGCAGCGCACCUUCAACAUGGUCGUCGAGGUUGACCUCGGCGACGAGCAGGCCGAGGAGGUCGAGUUCUCCAUGAUCGACCAGGAGGACUACGGCGUCAUCGACGAGAAGUACGUCAAGCGCCACGCGCUGCAGGACCGGAGCAUGGCGGACAAGCGCAAGGCCAAGCGGGAGCUGGCGGAGAACGCCAAGGACGGCAAGAAGAAGGGCGAGGCCGGCGGCGAGGAGGGCGCCGACGGAGGAGCAGCCGGCGAGCCUGACGACGGGCUCACGGAGCUGCAGCGGGCUGAGCAGGCGCUGCAGGACGAGGAGGACGAGGACGAGGAGGACUACGACCCGGGCAGCGACGGCGACAGCGACGGCUCUGGAACGGACUCUGAUGAAGACGAUGAUGAUGGUGGCGAGGGCGGCGAAGGAGAGAUGGACGAGGACGAGGAUGAAGAUGACGACGAGUAA